AUGGCAAAUCCGGAUUCCACAGGGCCCGCAAUAUCGGAGGUCCGUCCCGCCUCAGACACGGGCGUCCCUCGGCCCGGCGAUGAGAAGACGGCCAUCUCAGCCGCCUCCUCUUUCGCUCCUGGGGAGGACGCCGGGGCCUCGACCUGGUGGAGCUCGACAAGGCGUAGAUUCGGCUUCCCAUCGGAUACUUCGCCAUACUCUGAGCCUCGAGGGCCAUGGGCCAAGCUCUGGAAAUUCUUCAAAUUCCUCGGCCCUGGUGCCAUCGUCAGCGUCGCCUACGUCGAUCCUGACAAUUACCAAAGCGCAAUCUCCUCGGGCGCAUCCUUCCAGUAUAAGCUCCUCUUCAUGGUCCUGGUUUCCAACAUCGUCGCCAUCUUUCUCCAGUCACUGUGUGUCAAGCUCGGCACCGUGACUGGGCUCGACCUGGCUCAGAUGAACCACCGAUACCUGCCAAGAUGGCUGGACCUUUUCAUCUACGCUAUCGCCGAGGCGUGUAUUGUAUGUACUGAUAUUGGUCAGGUCGUCGGUACUGCCAUCGCCCUGAACAUUCUGAUACCGAAGCUGCCCCUCCCGGCUGCGUGUGUUGUCUCCGUCGCUGACACGCUCAUUAUCCUCUUGUUCUACAAAUCAAAUGGUGAGAUGCGUCGGAUCCGCAUCUUUGAGAUCUUCAUUGCGCUCCUCGUGCUGGCUAUCUUCAUCACCAUCUGCGUCGCCCUGGCCAUGAUAUCUGCCCCGGCCGGUCCCGUCUUCAAGGGCUUUCUUCCGUCUCGAGAUAUCUUCGUCAGUACCGGCCUCUAUGAGUCGUGUGCCAUCCUCGGCGGCACGCUUAUGCCACAUGCCAUCUAUGUUGGCACAGCGCUUCAGCAACCUCGCUUGUACGAAUACGACGUGAAGCAUAAUCUAAGUCCCAAUGCCACCCCGACCACCAGCACCGACAGCCUUUAUCGCCCCUCACUGCGGGCCAUCAAGUCAUGCCUCUCGUACUCGAUUGCCGAGCUCACAUUUACACUAUUCACCGUUGCUGUCUUCGUCAACUCGGCCUUGAUCAUCAUCUCGGGCGCGUCGUUCUACGACCCCGACAGCGACGACGAGAUCUCCGGGGAUCUCUACGACCUGUACGACCUCUUCUCAACGGUGAUCGCACCGGCCGCCGGUACGUUGUUCGCUGUGUCAUUGUUGUUCUCCGGCAUCAGUGCCGGCAUAGUGGCGACGAUGGCGGGUCAGAUGAUCAUGGAAGGCGCGCUGAAGAUCCGAAUCAACCCUUUCCUCAGGAGACUGGCCACGCGGUGCGUAGCCAUCAUCCCCGCUUUCAUUGUUGCUGUCUCCGUGGGCAAGGACGGCCUCUCCCAGGCGCUCGUUGCAUGCAAUUACAUCCUGGCAAUUGGCCUCAUCUUCAUCACGUUCCCGCUCGUGUACUACACCAGCCGUGAGAAGUAUAUGCGAGUCCCUACGGAUGACGGUACCGGAACGGUCAGCAUGAGAAAUUCGAUCCCAACAGCAGCUGUUGCCUGGAUCAUCUGGACUGUUGUGGUGGUGAUGGAUGUGGCGACCGUUGUCCUCAUCGGAUUAGGCAUAACAAGCGACGAUUAA